AGGCAGAUGAGACUGAGGGAGAGGAGGUCAAUGUUUUGGAUUCCAGUGCUGGUUCCCAGGCAACAGAGGAAAGUGAAAGUCCUUGGGAUGAUAGGGGGGGGGGGUUUCCUGAGAAACUAGAUUAGGCCUGAGAAUGGAGGGAGCAAAACACAGACAAAUGAAAUAUUCUCACAGAAUUCGUGGAAAGACCUUGAAGUCCAGCCCACCCCCUAGAAGCAGAAAGAAGAUGUGGUGGCUUAUGGCAACAGCUUGCCUCAUACAAACAAUUGGAAUUUCACAAGAAUUAACCAGGACAAAAAGAGAUGUGAAUCCCGAAGCCCAUAUGAAUGUUAGUCAGAUAAUUGUCUACAGAGGAUAUCCCAGUGAAGAGUAUGAAGUCUUGACAGAAGAUAAUUAUUAUUUGACAAUAAACAGAAUUCCCCAUGGAAGGAGACAUCUUACCGAUAGAGGUUCAAAGCCUGUUGCCUUUCUGCAGCACGGACUGUUUGCCGACGCUAGCCACUGGGUUCUAAAUAUGGCCAACAACAGCCUUGGUUUCAUCUUAGCGGAUGCUGGUUAUGAUGUUUGGCUGGGAAACAGCAGAGGAACAAGCUGGUCUCGGAAACAUCAGAAUUUGUCAGCUGAUGAAGAAAAAUAUUGGGAUUUCAGUUUUCAUGAAAUGGGCAUCUAUGAUCUUCCAGCAAUGAUCAAUUUUGUUUUGAAGAAAACUCAACAGAAACAACUCUAUUAUGUUGGCCAUUCCCAAGGAUGCACUAUUGGCUUCAUAGCAUUUUCAGCCAUUCCAGAGCUGUCUCAAAAAAUCAAAAUGUUUUUUGCCUUGGCUCCUGUGAUUACUACAAAGCAUGCUAGAAGCCCUACACUGAAAAUGUUAUCCUUUCUUCCUGAUUUCUCAUACAAGGAUAUGCCUGCCAGCAGAGAAUUUAUACUGUCACGCAAGCCUAUGAAAGACAUGAUCACCACGUUAUGCAGAUAUGUACUGACAAAGAAAUUAUGCGGACACCUCCUCUUAUUUUCAAGUGGAUACAAUCCAAGCAAUCUAAACAUGAGCCGUAUAGAUGUGUAUGCAGCUCACUAUCCUGAUGGAACAUCAGUUAAAAACAUUUUACAUUGGAAACAGACCACAGGACUAUUCCGACAUUUUGACUAUGGGAGUGACAAUCUGAUGAUAUAUAAUCAGAGCUAUCCUCCUUCAUACAAAGUAGAAGACAUGCUCGUGCCAACUGCAGUAUGGUCUGGUGGAAAUGACUUGCUCGCCAGCCUAGAAGAUACAACAGUUUUACUUUCACGCAUUACUAACCUAGUUUACCAACAAAAAUUGUCUGUCUGGAACCACUUUGAUUUCAUCUGGGGUCUCAGAGCUUCAAAACAUAUAUACUGCAAAAUCCUUCAGUUGAUGAGGAGGACUCAGGAAAUAAAUAUUUUGCCAUAACAUAUUUAAUUGGAGAGCCAGUGUGAUAUAGUGGUUUGAACAUUGGACUACGAUUUGGGACACUGAGAUUUGAAUCCUUGCUCUAUCCUCCCUUUUCUGCUACUUCCUUUUUCCUAAUUGCAACUCAUCCAGAGAAAAUGAGUGACCACUAAUGUUGAAAAUGUGCUUUAACCUUUGCUUUACAAUAGAGCUAUCAGUGGAGCCCCCGGUGGUGCAGUGGGUUAAACCCC